AUGAUCAUGGACCCUCUCCACUCUGGCUACCCUCGCUCUGGGUUUGACCCCUCCAGCGGGAUCCCUGACAUCCUACCGCCUGGAGCUGUUCCCCCAGGAGCGCGCUUCGACCCCUUUGGCCCUUUGGGACUACACCGGCCGGGCAUUUCCAAUCCAGCCAACUCAUGUGAGAUUCCUGUGCUGUCGCUCACUCCUCGUAUGCAGGGCCGGCCCAGGGCCUAG